AUGCAGGCCAGUGCGGGCGGCAGCGGGGAGCGUCUGGGGGCCGCCAGGCCGAAGCAGUUCUGCGCGCUGCAGGGGAGGCCGCUCGUUAGCCACACUGCCCGCGCGCUCGAGAGAAUAAGCUGGAUAUCGGAUAUAAUUGUGGUAGUGUCUCUUGAACACAUUGAAACAAUGAAGUCAAUUAUUCAGAAAUAUGGUCACAAACGGAUUACAGUGGUAGAAGGCGGAGUGACUCGUCACCGGUCAAUUUUCAAUGGACUCAAAAUCUUUGCAGAGAACAAGCUUUCCAAUUGUCCGCUCCAGAAACCCGAAGUAGUGAUCAUCCAUGAUGCUGUGAGGCCAUUCAUUGAGGAAGAUAUUCUAUUAAAAGUAGUUAAGGCUGCUAAAGACCAUGGGGCAGCAGGAGCAAUCCGUCCUCUUGUCUCGACUGUUGUUGCUUCCUCUGCAGACGGUUGUUUAGACCAUUCACUAGAACGUGCCAGGUAUAGAGCAAGUGAAAUGCCUCAGGCUUUCUUAUUUGAUAUAAUCUAUCAAGCAUAUCAUCAGUGCAAUGACUAUGACCUGGAUUACGGCACUGAAUGUUUGCACUUAGCUUUAAAAUACUGUAAAACGAAAGCCAAACUCAUUGAAGGAUCACCUGACCUCUGGAAGGUGACCUACAAGCGGGACCUGUAUGCAGCUGAAUCGAUUAUUAAGGAUAACCUAUCACAACAAGUUUGUGUUAUUACUGAUAUGAAAGGAGAUGCUGUGCAAGUAGGUUUUCUCCUUCAUGAAACUCUGAAAAGCCAUAUCAAACAGGUUAAACGUAUAUCAGUAUCUCUAUGCAAAGAUGAUAAUUAUAUGCAGAACAUCAUUUUAGGACAAUGCUACAAUUUUAUUUGUAUGCAUGUUAAAAAAUCUGCCUUUCAAGAAACACAACUGGUGGAUAUCCUUGAAAAUGCAAAUAUUUCUACCUUGUAUCCAGUUGUUCUCAUUUCGGUACACUUGAAUGUUUCAGAAAACGCAUCUUUCAGCAGUGAGAUGGAAGACCUAAACAGGAUUAAGGAAUUUGCAAGAGAAGUGAAAAAGAAAAAUAUUUUGGUUUAUGGUCUUCUUAUCCAUUACAAUAAGGAUGAUCCACAGCUUCAGGAGACUGUAAAUUCUGCUGCUACCAUUAUCUCUGCAUUAAUAAAGGACAGAAACCCUGAGCUGAUUGGCCAGUUGUUGGUAGCAUGAAUACUUAAAACCUAUGUAGUUGUUGGAAGUAUUUCUAUUUUAUUAUGCAUUGACAAAAAUUCACAAAACACAUUAUUCAUGAUGAAACAGUGGACAUAGAAAGUUUGCUAACAGACUUAUUUAUUGUCAACAUAAUUUUGGUAGUUAAAAUGUAUUUCUAACAUUGACAAUUUAAAGGAAACAGGCGUUGUGUGUGGUAUACUGAGUGUUAUAUUUUGACAUAGUGUUUUGAGGUACCUGCAAGAUUCUAAAUGUUUCCAGAAAGUACACAUGGGUCACCUUAGCAUUCAAGCAAAGUACAAUUUUUUCUUUGACUAGAUAACAUAUAUGUUGUUCUUUAAGAUCUGCAUUAAUAAAGUUUUCUGUCAGUGAAUAUGAUCUUAAAGCACAGCUGUUGGUCUCUACAUGAAAAUUAGUACAUUUUAUCCAGGCAAGGUUCUUUGAGUAGAUGUGAUAUCUUUUAUUAGACCAACAGAGUAAUUGGAAAAAAGUUCUUAGCAAGCUUUUGGCCG